CGUCAUCAUCAUCGGGCGGCCUGCCGCAGUCUUCGUUUCUUCAGCUAUUCAGUCGUUAUUUGGCUCUCUCAUUUUAAUUGCAACGUCGCGUGUGUAAUUUUUAUAUUUCGCAAGUAAUUUUUUUCCUUUUUAAUUAUUCUAACCAAAAACUUGUUGAGUUACGCAGUAAAUUGUGCUCAAAAAUAACCGCACAUCUACAUCAAAAUGUCAAAUAUUAAAUAAAUUUCAUUCAAACUCAGCGAAUGCGAAUGCCCUAUUAAAAAUAAAAAAAGACACCAGUAAAAAAACAAUGUACUAAAACGGAAUGCGAAUGCGAAUGUGAAUGUAAAUGUGUGAUCAUUGUUAUAAUCGCCGUUGUCGUUGCCGUCGUCAUCAUCGUCGCCGUCACCGUCACCGUCACCGUCACCGUCACCAAUUUCCACACAUCUAAUACUAAGUAUCUUUGUCUCCGAAAGCUUCAUCUCCGUCACGAUACCCGUAAAAGAACAUAUCGUGAUUAGCAGCAGUAGCUGGCCUAGCUGGGACGACGUAUUAUGGAUAGCACGGCUAAAGCGGUAGCAGCAGUAGUGACGACGCCGUCAGCAACAAGUGGUGUUGGUGGAACAGCGACGUCCGCAUCGGGCAUUAAGCUUAGUCCGACAGACGCUGCUGCCAAUAAUAAUAAUAACAAUAAUAAUACAACAACAGUGACAACUAACGGUAUCAAAGAGAAUAACAGUAAUAAUAUAGCAACAUCUUCCUCGUCAGCAACGCCUCUUUCAGCGGCGGCGAUACCGAUUGUUGUAACGGGGGGCAGCGGCAGUGCUGGCACAUCUGCGCCCACCUCAUCGCCAACAGCCAGUUCACCAUUGUCAGCGGCGGCAUCUGCAGCGGCGACACCAAAUAGCGGCGAGGCUAAUAAGGAUAAUAAAAGCACACCACCACGAGAUGCUCCACCGCCAACAUCAAUCACCAAAGGCUUAAAUUUAUCAGCAACGCCAAUUGUCAAGAAGGAGAAACGUCAAAGCAGUUCCCGUUACAAUGUCACAAAAAAUUGUGAAUUGACACCUUUGAGUCCUCUCAAUGAAACCGCCAUACUAAAAUGGUAAUUGUAAAGUGGAUAACUUCAGUACAUGAAUAUUUGGGCUAGAAACCACAGACGAUUUGUUUAGAAAUUCUAUAGAAACUAACGUAAUACACAAACCAGAAACAGACGCCAUAAUUGAAAUAAAUACGUACAUACGUCGACUUAUGUAUCCGGCGACAUUAAAAGUAACACAACGGCUAAAUAAAAAUUGGAAUAAAAUCUUCAAAUCGAAAUUUAUCAAUCAACAAAAUAAUCCAAACUUUU